UCCUGGCAACAUUGGAGCAUAAUUGUGAAUGAUUAACUAGAAGAAGAAGUUAAACAAACAGGUCAGCAAUUUUGGCGGGUUUCAAUACUUCAUUUUAAGAAAUUUGGGCUCAAAAGUUUUCAGUUUGUCUAAACCAUAUAGUGGAGUAAUAAUGGAUCUAAAUGAUGCAGUUCUAACUUGUGCCGUCAAUAUCUUGUGGACAAAUGCAGUAGGGGUGACAGGAAAAAAACUGGUUUAUAGGACAGCCACAUUGCGUUUAAUACGGAAUGAUGUGAGGGAACUUUUCGUUGAAUUGACCGGGGAGAAAGCCAAACCAAUAAAAUUCAAGCUGAAAGAUGUGAUGGUACAUAAAAAAUUUAUGUCUGAGGGCAAAGCGACAAUAAAUUUCAAGAUUGAGAACUGUGCGAUGUAUUUGUCAAACGCGCCACCUGGGACCUUAAUGUAUUUUCUCCGCACAAUAUUUAUAAAACUAAAUGGUGGAGAACAGAAAGAUGAAGCUACUACUCAAAAACAGUUACGAGCUCAUAUGUUAUCAGGAAAACCUAGCAAUUUUGAAGAGGUCUCUCCAAUAACAACAACAGAGAUGAUUAUGGCUAGAAAAAAAGCUGGAUUGUUAGGACGUGGUACUGCGACAACACCAUCGCCACUGGCUGCGAAAAAACGACGUUUCGAUGACUUAAAGACAUGUGAUGGUAUGGUAACUUCGCAUGCACCUGCAGCGAAAAGACUUUAUCAAGAUAAAGGAACACCUUCGCUUGGAAUGGAGGAAAAUGUGAAACUUUGUGAAGAACAGUUAGAAGUCCUACGAGCAUGCACUUCAGGCAAGAGCGUGUUUUUUACAGGUUCUGCGGGUACAGGGAAGAGUUUCCUUUUACGUAAAAUUAUUUCAGCUCUGCCACCAGACGGCACAAUGGCGACGGCUUCUACAGGUGUUGCUGCUUGUCUUAUUGGUGGUACAACCUUGCAUGCAUUUGCGGGUAUUGGCGGUGGGGACUAUGGACUCGCCCGGUGUAUUGAAUUAGCUUCGCGACCGGCAAGUGCCCAGAUCUGGCGCAAAUGUAAAAGGCUUGUUAUAGAUGAAAUAUCUAUGGUGGAUGGACAGUAUUUUGAGAAAAUAGAAGCAGUUGCAAGGCAUGUGCGUAAAAAUGACAAACCUUUUGGGGGAAUUCAAUUGAUAUUAUGCGGAGAUUUCUUACAACUACCGCCUGUGGUAAAAAAUGAGAACAAUUCUAACCCAACACAGCGUUUUUGUUUCCAAUCGAAUGCCUGGGAGAAAUGCAUACAGUGCGUCUUUGAAUUGAAAGAAGUACACAGACAAUCCGAUCCAGAGUUUGUAAAAAUCUUAAAUCAUAUUCGAAUUGGGCACACGAAUGAGGAAAUUACAAAACGGCUACGAGCUACAUCGAAGCAAAAAAUUGAGGGCGGUGGUAUUCUAGCAACCCAACUUUGUUCACACACAAACGACGCAAAAUCUAUAAAUGAAUCAAAACUCGAAAGUUUAGAUGGCGAGAAAGUUUUAUUUCGGUCGGAGGAUUCUGACGCAAAUAUGGCGAAGCAAUUGGACUCACAAUUGCAGGCAACCUCACAGCUCUAUUUGAAAAUCAAUGCUCAGGUAAUGCUAUUAAAAAAUAUUAAUAUAUCUGCUGGUCUGGUAAAUGGAGCGCGUGGUGUUGUGGUGCGCUUUGAAAAGGGUGUACCGGUGGUACGAUUCAAAAAUAAUCGCGAAUUUGUAUGUAAUCAUGAGAAGUGGAUCAUAAAAACAGCAACUGGGGGUACAAUAACACGGAGGCAGGUGCCUUUGAAGUUAGCAUGGGCGUUUUCAAUCCACAAAAGCCAAGGCCUUACAUUGGACUGCGUUGAGAUGUCAUUGUCGAAGGUAUUUGAAGCUGGACAAGCUUAUGUUGCUUUAUCACGUGCAAAAUCUUUGGACUCCCUGCGCAUAUUAGAUUUCGAUCCCAAACAGGUUUGGGCCAAUGCGCAGGUUCUACAGUAUUAUAAGCUAUUUCGUAGACGCUUACAUGACAGUACAAUGAUACCACUAGGUGCAAAAAAUAUAAAACGCGAGAAAAAUAAUGAAACCAAAUCAAGUGCUCUAUCGAAAUUGAAGAAGAGUUUAAUGGAUAAACCAUUAGUAUCUAUUAGCUAACGCAUCGGCAACUACUGAUUAUAUAUUAAGUAAAAAAGGUACACAUAUAAUUAAAUAAGCCUUGAAACAUCUCUAUGAAAAUUCUGAAUCUGUAUUAGGUUAUCUUAGAUCAAAUUUUACUAGCAUACUAUUCUCACAUAGAACAUUUCAAAGUGUUAGAUUUAAGAAAUACAAUAGCACUACACUUUAAGCACUACAUUAAUAUUCAAAAAACUAUUGAAUUUGCACUUUAUAUCAUAUACAUGUAAGAGGAAAAGAUUUCCCCAAAUGUACUUUACAACACAUACUAUCACACUAUAUACAGUGGAACUUCCACAACUCGAGCUAUUGAAUUGGCAAUAGCGUCUAGAAAUCGAAUUUCAUAAAAAUUUCCUUCCAUAACUCAAACUUCCUUAACUCGCAGUUCUCCAUAACUCGAACUUUUGAAUUGUCAAUAGAAGUCAAAUUUCAUACAAAUCUCCUUCCACAAAUCGAAAUUUUCGACCAGCGCAUAAUACAAAAUUUAAAAUUUUACUAUCCAGGCAGAAUUUUAAUAGAGCAUUUUUGUAUUAGCUUUCGUACAAUAUAAAUUUUUACUAAAAGACGCCAUAAAUAUUACACUCUUUGUUUUUGCAAAUCCAAACAGCAAUACCUACAUAUAGCAACAUUAAGCGCACAAUAAGAAAGAAAAUCAGUUGAAUAUUGUUCUUAAAAGUAUCAUAAUUUUGCUUUAAUUUCAAUGCAUGAUUACUGUCACAUACACAAAUAAUAGAUUACGUGUGGCAUCUGCUUACUCUUCCUCAGCAGCAAAAGUAGGUGAUACUUCCUCAGUUUUCAUUCCACUACCGACUUGUCCAUGGCGACGUUCCCAGAUUAAACGAUGUUUCUGCUUCAUGUAUGCACUUUUAGCAUUAGCAUAACCACCUAAAUCUCCAUCUAUUAUUUAACGAUAUAAAAAGGUUGAAAUCAGUACAUUUGUAUGAGAACGUUUUUUUACCACUUACAUUUGAUAAACCAAUUCUCAGCAGCUUUCUCGUAUUGUUCUAAAAUUGGCUUGCAUUUUUUAAUAUGAUCAGGCGCUUCAUACAAUGUACAAUCUUCGAAGCGUUGACGCAAAAUCGAUACGAUUUCAUUUUCAACCAUUCGAUCCCGGCGAAAUUGUUGAUCGGCUUCAAAACGGCAGACAGCAUCGUCAGUGUAGCACUGGUCGAUUGUGGGCACACGUUGAAAACGUUGAUGGUACCAUGCUUGUUUCUUCUGGUUAGGUUCAACAAUAGUUUCUGUAAAAGACAAUGAUACUCUAUAUUUUAUGAAACGUAAACAAACAUUUGGGUGCUCAGCUCGUUUGUAAUUGAGGUUAUGUUAUUAUGUAAUAAAGCGAUCAAAACCAAUAAUAUACCUAUGAUUUAACAACAUCACAGUUAUAAACUUAGGUACUUAAGCUUUGCAUUGUGUAUUGCAAAUGUUAUUUCCAUAUAUCAUACUGGAAUACAUACCCCUGAACCAUGUUACAGGCCCAUCAAUAAUAUUGCUCACCGACUGGGCGAAACUCGCCAUUGGACUCCGGGGCUCAGGCAUCGUCUACUAAAAAUGCCAAAUGAUGAAUAAAAUGCAUCUUAUUUACGUAUUAAAAAGUAUGUACAUUAAUAAAUGCUCCUUACUUAGCGGUAAAACAAAAUAAUAAUAAUUUUCACUACUGCCCACAGUCCGUGAGUUUGAUUUUGAUUAUGCGUCAAAGAGCAAGUUGUCAAAAUACAGCUGAUAAAAGUAAUUUUUGGUUCGCGUCUUUGCUUCAUAUAUUUUUUUAAAUAACCCUUAUGCCACAUCUCCACAUGCAAUAAAUUAUUGCUGGAUAUAUCAGUCCUAUUGCACUUUGACAUGCUAUUAUCGACUGCGUUUAAAAAGGUAGCGGAAUUUUUAAUUUAAUAAAAAGGAAUACAAAUUUUGGAGGAAAUUCAUUCAUUCCUGUUUAACGGCGUUGACAAAACAAAAACUUGUAAAUAAAAUUUAUGUUUACGUUUAUGACCAAAACAAAACCUUAAAAAUAAAAUUUACGCGUGCUACUACAAACAUACCCACACAAAUUCUACGCAAGCUAAGAAUUGUCCGUUUUACACUUCAUAAUUUUGAGACUUUGUUAUCAAUUUAUCCUCUCAUGCUGCGGAGAACUCUUACUGAAUGAACACGUGCACAGCUCAUAUCAGGAAAAGUAACUGUAAGCUUGCACAACACAUAAGUCUACAUAAUUGAACAAGUAAGGAAGGGCUAAGUUCGGGUGUAACCGAACAUUUUAUACUCUCGCAAUUUAUUUAUUUAACUUUAUUUAUAUUAUAUAAUGCACAAUUUGACCCACAUAUUCGUCAUAUAUAUUGUAUAAAGUCCAUUGAAAGUUGGAAACCCUAAUAUUAGGUUAGAAGCACUGAGGUCCUCAUGUUCGAUAUAUGGGGUCUUGAAAACCUAUGAUCCAAUUUCGGCGAUUUUUAGAAUGGGGCUUCCACACUAUAAAGGUAGUAUUUGUGCAAAGUUCUGCUUCGAUAUCUUCACUAGUACUUACUUUAUAUAUUGUAAAGUAAACGAUUCGGAUAGUCUUCAAAGUUCUGGUAUAUAGGAAGUAGGCGUGGUUGUGAAGCGAUUUGGCCUAUUUUCACAACAUAUCAUUGGGAUGUAAGGAAACUAUUACAAACCAAGUUUCAUUGAAAUCGGUCGAGUAGUUCCUGAGAUAUGGUUUUUGACCCAUAAGUCGGCGACGCCACGCCCAUUUUCAAUUUUGUAAAAAAAUCUGAGUGCAGCUUUCAUCUGCCAUUUCUUAUGUGAAAUUUAGUGUUUCUGACGUUUUUCGUUAGUGAGUUAACCCACUUUUAGUAAUUUUCAACCUAACUUUUGUAUGGGAGGUGGGCGUGGUUAUGAUCCGAUUUCUUUCAUUUUUGGACUGUAUUAGGAAGUGGCUAUAAAAAACGACUGCAGAAAGUUUGGUUUAUAUAGCUCUAUUGGUUUGCGAUAUAUGUACAAAAAACUUAGUAGGGGGCGGGGCCACGCCCACUUCCACAAAAAAAUUACAUCCAAAUAUGCCCCUCCCUAAUGGGAUCCUAUGUUCCAAAUUUUAUUUCCAUAGCUUUAUUUAUGGCUUAGUUAUGGCAUUUUAUGUGUUUUCGGUCUUCGCCAUUUUGUGGGCGUGGCAGUGGUCCGAUUUUGCUCAUUUUCGAAAGCAACCUUCCUAUGGUGCCAAGAAAUAAGUGUGCCAAGUUUCAUCAAGAUAUCUUAAUUUUUACUCAAGUUACAGCUUGCACAGACGGACGGACGGACGGACAGACAGACAUUCGGAUUUGAACUCCACUCUUCACCCUGAUCACUGGUAUAUAUAACCCUAUAUCUAACUCGUUUAGUUUUGGGUGUUACAAUAACCGUUAUGUGAACAAAACUUUAAUCUCAACUAUCAAAACUAAACUCUCUUUAGCAACAUUUGUUGCGAGAGUAUAAAAAACGCUGUUCAAAAAUAUUUAAAUAACGAGAAUUAGAAGCCGGCAAGUACAAUGUUGCCUCUAUUCAACAUUGGGCAUGAAAGGGUUAAGUUAAUGCCGAUAGCGCAAUAAACGCUAUUUCCUCCUAAACACAAUAAAGCCGUCUCGCCGUAUAGUAUAUCGUAGGCUAUUUAUUACAUACAAACAUUGUAGAUACGUACGAGUAUAUAGAGUUUAAAUUUUACUUUCUCUUGCUGCAAACUUGUCGCGGAUGAGUUCAUUGCUCACUUGAAGGUUUAUUAAUAUUUCGCAAUAUUAAGGUCGAGUGGUGCUCGGCAAAUUUGCUGUUGUUUGGUCUACGUUAAAAGAGUUUAUCAAUAAUUACACAAACAUACAUAUAAAGACCAAUGUGCGAUAAUAUUUUCACUAAAAGAAAUUUAUAAAUUAAGACCUUGUUUGUCAAGUUCAUCGACAUCAAAUAAUUUAGACACCACGCUGCACGGCUCCGUGUUGAGUAAUUGUUAUAUUAUAUAGUCUCACAAUACUUACUUAGAGUAUCCUGCAUAAACCAAUACAAAAGCCGAGUGCCGAGAUCUAACCGUUAUACAUUUUAUAUUAUCUUAAUGUAGAAAAAAGUUAUUCGAAAUUUAUUUAAAGAAUAAUAAAAACAACUCAUCUUCGAUAACAUAGUGCAUAUCCGACUGUAAUUGGAGGUAUGUAAUACCGAAUCGGCAAACUUGCAAUGAGCUAUUUAGAUAAUAAGUCAAGCACCGUUUCCAAACAGACUUCAAUACCCAUUGUGUGAUUUCCAUACAAUUUAUAAGGGAUUGAGAGUUUUUGACGGUCUUUUGAUCAAGAUUCACCAAAGUUAUUUGAAACCAGUUAUUAGAUACUUCGCAUUUAUCACGAACAACAAGCACCAAAUUAGUACAUCGCGUUGUUGAUAGUCAAAUUGCCGUCGAAGGUAUACAAGUCUCAUCCUAACAGCCUAAAAUGUUAAUGAGAGGGAUAAAACUAAUAAUAAAUGUUUAAUAUUACUAACAAUCGGUAUUGAAAACAUUGAAAAAAUUGCAAAAUAUACAUAAAUAUAUUAAAUAUAUUAAAUAAAUGUUAAUAACUUGAUAGCUGAUGUUACAAAAAAAACAUAAGUGCAUAUACAUAUGUAUGAACACAUAAAUUUCUGGCUAGCGAAUAAAAGAUUUGACUUUAAUAUACAUAUGUAGCUGAUAAUAAUAGUAAACGCCAAAAUUAUAAUUUGUGUGAAUGCGUACGCACAUACAUAUGUAUGUGUGUAUAUGUAUAUGUACGUAUGUAUAUAUAUAUAAAAUAUUAAUGAAGGUGCUAAGUAGAAUGAAAAACCAACAAAAUUUCACCAAAACAUUUGGGCUGACGAAAUUUGAAUGGGGAAUUGCACAGUUUCAUUCAAUUUAAAUUAAAUUAUCUGUUCUUGAGCAUAUGGUUUUGCAUACAUACAUAUACAUAUGUACAUCCUCUGUACAUAUUCGAAAGCAAGGUAAAUACUAAAGCUAUAUGUCCAUCAGUGGCAAUGAUCACGAUCUACAUUUGUUUCUGGUCCUUUUUCGGGUUUUUGUUGUUCACUUCGGUCUCUUAACAAUGCAAAUGACUCACUUAAGUGACAUACAUAUGUAUGUAUGUAUGAAAACAAAUGUGCAUUCGUACUAUGAUUACACACAAAUAUAUUAUUUUGAAAGCAAAAUAGCUAAAACAAAAAAAGUACCAAAGUUGUACAUGCCAGACAAUUUCAUUGCAAUGACUCAUAAUUGAGAGCCUUAUCAACCCAAUUAAUACAAUAUAAACAAAACAAAUACCUAUGGAAAGAUAAAAUGGAAUACCUUCUGAGUUCAUUAAAGUGAAAGCUUUUGAAUACAUAGGAACGAACCCUGAAUUUAUAAGCGACCAGGAUCUGAUAACUCAAUAGCAUUACUCAAGGAAUUAUUUAAGGUAUAAAAGUAACGCGUCUGAUUGCAUUUUAAGGGCUAAACAUAACGCUGCUCGUUACAAAAAACUGCGUCAUCUUGUAAUAAGGCUGCGAAGAUAACACGCAGUUGUUCUUGUAAUGUUUGGCAUACGUGUCAGCGAGCAUGACGACAAACUGCGAGGAUAGACCCGUAUGCUUAUUUACAAAUGUAUAUUAUAUACAAACAUAUGUAUGUACAUAUCUGUUGUAUAUGCGUGUUCCAUUAACUGAUACUAUUCAUACAUACAUAUACAAUAUAUAUGUAAAGGUAUAUAUAUUAUUAAAAAUCUCCUUUACCUGUCAAACUUAUUUAAAUGUAUCCAGCCAAAUAUGUACAUAUCUAUGUAUGUAUGUAUGUAAAUACGCGCGGCCUUCACAAGCCCAAUUGCCACACGUGUCGGCGCCAAUAUGUUUUAGCAUGACGCCAAUGCGCUUUUACGCCGUAGAUAUCUAGAAGUUCCCGUAGAUUAUUGUUAUUCCCGCGGUACAAAACAAAUGUUAUGUAUGAGACUUUAUAAACCGGUUAAUGCAUCUGAAUGAAAGAAAUGUUCAUACACAGUACAUUUAUACUAGGAAUGUAGGUACGUAUGUAUGUGUGUAUGUAAAUCAGAUUUUGAACUCGUCCGCCAAUGGUUCAUUUGCCUCUCUCAGGUUGUAUGUAAUGGUCCACAUGCUCCAUCAUAUUCAUAUACACAUACAUAUAUACAUAUAUAUUCACGGACGUGCUCACGAGACGUCACCAAAAGCAUACGUGGGCGCGUGUGCUUAACGCGUGUUUACAUAUAUACGUUUGUAAACAACGUGCAUAUGAUCGGAUAUAUACUUGUUUACCAACUCUAUAUGCAAUUUCCACGCUUUUAUUAUGAUUCUCAUCUGUCGAUCAACAACCUUCUCAUCCUCUUGAGUAUAAAUUUAGUAUACAAUAACAUACAAUACUAGACACACAUUUAUAAAUGUAACUGCGUCGUUUCGCACUCUCAGUCUCGCCAAUUCGAAUUGUUUUGGUCGCUGCCGGCAUUUUUUGCAAAUACAUUUGGUACAUAGAUACAUACAUAUGUACAUGCAGACAUACGUACAUACAUAUGCAUCUGUGCACUUGGUCGAUUUUUUCGAUCUGGUGUUUAACUCUGAAUAAAUAUAACAGUUAACGAAGUAUUUAAUGUUAAAAUUUAAAUUAUGUAUUUCCUAUCCGCGUACUUAUAGUUUGAGGGAUUAUACAUACAUAUGUACAUACAAUGUUAUUUAUAAAUGAGUGUGUGUGCUUGUGUAUAUGUUGGUUAAUGAAAUUUUCUAUUUUUGAGCGUUUUUUGUUUUUGUAAUGUUGAUAAGGGCAUGAGUAUUGCAUCAGCCAGUUAAUUUUGUAACAAUGUGCUGUAAAGCAUUCGACUACAUGUGGGUACUUAUGGCAACAAAGUCUUGCAAAUAAAUCAUUUUCGAAACAUACUAACCAAUAGUACAUAUUCUAUGGAUUCUCCAAAAUGAAACACUGAAUGGUUUCGAUGAACUAGAUUGUAUUAUAGAGGAGAUAAUAAAAACUCACAGACAUGUACCUAUAAUCACCCACAAGGUACAAAGUAAAUCAACGAUUCAGAGUAAGAGAAGUCUAGCCAACAACGAAUUCUAAAAACCUUCCACAGUGCGCAAUAAUUUUAUUUAUCAAUAACAAGAACGUUAUAUGUAUGUGAGUAGGUAUUUAUAUAUAAGAAACUCGUGAGAAUGCUUCAGCACAGGCUAGAACAAACAAAAACAACCGCGACGUCGACUUCGGCUUCUCGACGCUCCCGUAAAUUUGACAAACAUAUUAUCGAGCGUGUGCUCACCACUGCGACAUUGCGCCGUGCUAAUAUUUUCGUAUAAAUAGGAACGCUCCCCAUCCAAACACAACAGUCAAGUUCAAACUUUCGUUUGACUCGAAACGUAAAAUUGUCGGAGAAUAAAGCAGUGAACACGCAUAAGUAAAUAGUGUCAAAUGCCAAUUUGAAGAUUGGAUUAUUCUCAACACAAUUUAAAUUGCGAAAAGUUAAUAAGUGUAACAAGCGAACCACCUGAUACUGCGAUUUUUGUGUAAAAAUUCAAAUAUAAUUUAAAAAGAGUCACUUUAAUUAU